AUGGAGACCUGCCUGAAAGUCCUGCUGCUCGUCGGGGUGGUUACAGCAGCCCCCGCGCCAUCAUCAGUCCCUCUGCCAACCCACGAGGAUGCGAUUUUAGCUGCAGUUCAGGUGUACAACCAAGAGCCAGGCACAACACUGGCCUAUCGGCUCCUGGAAGCUGAGCCGCAGUCAGACUGGGACGGGUCUUCGAAAACUAUCCAACCGGUGAAAUUCACUGUUCAAGAGACAGUGUGCCUGGUAUCAGGGAAACGCGACAUCAACCAGUGUGAAUUCAAAGAAGACGGGCUGGUCAAAGACUGCUCUGGAUUCUUCUCCACUGUACAGGACCCCCCUUCCGUCAUUAUCAAAUGCGAGGAGGCGUCUGAGGAGGAAGACCGUGAUAGUCUCACACUGAAUGCCACAGGGCACAGGAUGGAGACCUGCCUGAAAGUCCUGUUGCUCGUCGGGGUGGUCACAGCAGCCCCCACGCCAUCAUCGUCCCCUCUGCCAACCCACGAGGAUGCGAUUUUAGCUGCAGUUCAGGUGUACAACCAAGAGCCAGGCACAACACUGGCCUAUCGGCUCCUGGAAGCUGAGCCGCAGCCAGACUGGGAUGUGUCUUCUAAAACUAUCCAGCCGGUGACAUUCACUGUGAAAGAGACAGUAUGCCUGGUAUCAGAGAAACGCGACCCCAACCAAUGUGAAUUCAAAGAAGAUGGGCUGGUCAAAGACUGCUCUGGAUUCUUCUCCACUGAACAGGACCCCCCUUCCAUCAUUAUCAAAUGCGAGGAGGCGUCUGAGGAGCCUAAUGUCGUCACACGGGGCCGCUGGAGAAAUGUUGGUAGGUUUAUUCGUCGAAAUGCUUGGGACCUUAUUCACGUCGGUCUUGCCCUUACUAGCUAA